AUGGAUCAACUGUCUCGCGAUGUUCCAGAAAUGUUGUCAGAAAAGACCAGGAAAACAAAGCAAACCAUCAACCCCAUUGUUGAACGCACGAGGAAGCGCGCCGAGUUGGCAUUUCAGAAAACUCCUUCAUGGUUUCAACGAUUUACCAAGCAUACAUACGAACGAGCAAGAAGAUACCAGUUGUUGUCCGAUUUUACGACUGCCUUUUCUUUACUGUUUGUCGUACCCGUGUUAAUUUGGCUUUCAUGGAGUGCUGGUAGUUUGCUUGUCACUAGUGCUGCUGGUAUUGUUAUUUGGACGAUAACCAACUGCUUCCUUGUCGGUUCCGGAUUCCUUCUCCUUGGGCCAUUUGCAGCGUUUGCCUUCUUCGCAUCACUCUUUAUCGCGUUUUGGGUUACAAUUGCACGUCUGAGCUAUAAAGCGUUCUGCUUUAUCUACGACAAAACAAUGUCAUUUCUUGGGGAUCAUGGUGUUGUUAAUAGAUCUAGUCUAUUUUCAGGCAAUACUUGGGGACGAGACGGCCUCGGAACGGAUGGCGAUAUUCAAGAGUGA